UCUGUAAUCCAGAGGAAAAUGACUUAUUUUAAAAUGCAGUAAAAACACCGCAUUCCUUUGGCACAGGAUGAAGACCAGCUCCGCUCUUCAGCCCUGGAUCAUUGUCUAUUGUUCUCCAAACAGUAAACCACUAUUUCUCACCAGAGAUUGCGGGCUGCAGUUCUGUCCGAGCCCUGGGCUUCUCAUGAAUAUGAAGUGAAGGGCUCUGACCCAGAAAGUGGUUCUGAGCAGGGUAAAAUGGGGUCUCGGAAAUGUGGAGGCUGCUUAAGUGGUCUGCUGAUUCUGCUUGCACUUUGGAGCAUAAUUGUGAAUAUAUUAUUGUAUUUCCCAAAUGGGCAAACUUCCUAUGCAUCCAGCAAUAAACUCACCAACUACGUGUGGUAUUUUGAAGGAAUCUGUUUCUCAGGUAUCAUGAUGCUUAUAGUAGCAGCAGUUCUUCUUGUAUUGGAGAAUGAUAGCAACUAUAAAUGUUGCCAGAGUGAAAACUGCAGCAAAAAAUACAGGACACUGCUGUCGAUGAUCUUUUCUGCCCUUGGAAUUGCUUUCUCUGGAUACUGCCUGGUCAUAUCUGCUCUGGGCCUUGUUCAGGGUCCCUACUGCCGCACUCUGGAUGGCUGGGAGUACGCCUUUGAAGGCACGGCAGGACGUUUCCUUACAGACUCCAGCAUAUGGACCGAGUGCCUGGAACCUGCACACGUAGUGGAGUGGAACAUCAUUUUAUUUUCUAUUCUCAUAGCUCUCAGUGGGCUUCAAGUGGUUGUUUGCCUCAUCAGAGUAGUCACUCAGUUAUCCAAGAUACUGUGUGGAACCUCUUCAGUCAUCAUCCAGCCUGGAAUCAUUUGAAUGACAACAAAAAUAUUUUCCACUAUCAAGAUGCCAUCCAUCUGUCUCAUAUCUACUAUAGACCUUAAGGCAGUAUUUAAAUGAUGGUGAUUUCUCCGUUUGGUGUUUUUUGAGCCUGCUUAUAAAAUUGAUAGUCCUCACUGAAAGUGCCAACUAUGUCACCCUUCAAUUUGGAAUUUUUUUCUAAGCAAUAUGUGCCAGGAUCUUCAGGAAUAUCCAUAUUGUUUGGUCAAACAAAUCCAUUUCCAAUAAUCUAUUCUAUGGAAAUAAAUAAGAAUAGAAGAUAAAACUUUAUGCAAAUACAAAUAAUGCAAUAUUAUUUAAUAUUCUAGAAAAUUAGAAAUACCCCAAAGUUUAACUUUAGGGGAAGGAUUAAAUCAAGAGUAGUACAUUAGUUGUAAUAUUAUAUAGUCAUUACAAAUUAUGAUACACAGUCAUUACAAAUUAUAUUUUAAGAUUAUGAAUACUGUUAAUUUAAAAAGCAGAUUACUAAUUUAUGUUUACAGUAUAAACAUAACCAUCUAAGAUAAACACCAAAUAAUCAAAAUUUAGGAGAAAAACUCAAUCUAGAAGGAUUUACAGAAAAAUGUCAACUGUCAUUUGUCUGGAUGAUAGGUGACCCUUCCUACUUUUCUCUAUUUCCCAAGUUUUCUUUAUCAUGUUUUAUAAUUAACACAUAUUUUAAAACUCAUAUUUCUACUAUUAAAAAUGUUUGCUUUUAGCCAACCUUUAAAGAUAUAUACUUUUUCCACAUGUUUUCCCACCUUGAGUAUCUGUAAACAUCAUAAAAUAAUGCUUCAACCCUUCAAUAAAGAAAGUAUUGAGAUAGAAAAGACAAAAAAAAGGGGGCACCUGGGUGGCUCAGUCGUUAAGCAUCUGCCUUUGGCUCAGGUCAUGAUCCCUGGGUCCUGGGAUCAAGCCCCGCAUGGAGCCCUGCAUGGAGCUCCACAUUGGGCUCCCUGCUUGGCGGGAAGGCUGCUUCUCCCUCUCCCACUCCCCAUGCUUGUAUUCCCUCUUGCUGUCUCUCUCUCUGUCAAAUAAAUAAAUAAAAUCUUUGGAAAAAAGAAAAGAAAAGGCAAAAAAAGUUAUACAAAUUUAUAUAAUCUAACUGAGCCUUUAACCUUAUUGUCUCACUCCUGAGGAUGAGUGUGGUGGGCUACAAGAGGUAGCCUUGAAAUAAAUGAGCAGUCGAGGACAUGCUCAAUGGGUUAAAAAAAAGUGACCAUUGACCGGUUGAUACCUAUGUCAUAGGGAGUUACCACUACCUGUAUUUAUAGAAAAAAAAUUUUUAGUGAAACAUUUAGAAACUUUCUAUCUAUACCCUAUACUUACUAUGACCUCCUUGAGAACAGCAGCUAUGUUAUAUAUUUUCCCAUUCUCCUUAGGACAUAGCACAAAGAGGUAUAGCAGACACUCAGUGUUGGAUAUUCAUGCCAGGCCCAUCUGCCCUUCAUGGCUGCUCUGCUGAACACCUGUCUCCAUCAUAGGCCCCACUGGGCCAUAACACUUCUGCCCCUUCCCUGUUGCUCUCCUCCAUGAACAUUGUCAACAAUGUUCUGUCAAUACCUGCUCUGUACCAAAGCUGGGCAACAGCCUGGGGGAAGAGGGAAAAAUGCUUCUCUCCUUGGCACCUGCUCUGCCCACAUCCUCCUUUAAAGGAAGCUGCCCUGACUGCAGCCUUUGCUGAUGUGAGUGUCUUGAAAGCAAGCCAUGUUGUAUAUCAGAUGACUUCCAUGCCUGGACCCAGCCAAAAGAACUGGGAUGGGCACCCAAGCCAUGGGCAGCCUAUUGUCACCCUAUUAGCUCUGACUUAGCCAAGAGUGAAACACCAUCCAAAUGAAAUUAGUGGUCAUUCUUGUUUGAGAAUUUGAACUCAAGGAAGCCAAGAAAAAAGCAACCUAAUCAUUGCUGUCAGGAAAAUAAUUAAAGGAUGAGAAAGGACACCAACAUACAGAGAGUAUCUGAUUACUCCACCCAGCCCAUAAACUUGUCAUAUUUAUCAUCCACCUUUCUUAGUUCUCCCAAUGACUCCUUUACCCUUUACCCUCCGGUAAACAGACUUCUGGCAGGUCAACCCCACCCGUUUGUCUGACACAGUCAGACUGUCUCAACCUUGUUUAGAUUCAAUAUGGCACCAUGCCUUGAGGGGACCAUGAGCAGAUGUCAGCUGAACGACUCCAUUGGAAACAUUGCCUAAGAACACGGUUGCAGCCAAAUGCAGUAGAAUAUUUGUAUCUGUAAAUUAAAUAUUAACACAGCAACCCCACAUCUUUAAUUUAAAGAGCAUCUGCUAAUAAUGCAGGUUUAAGGGGAAAAGCUGGAUACAAAUCUAUGUGUGCACUGUGAGCCCAAAUUUUUUAAUAACCAUAUGAUUACAUGUAGACAUGUGCAAACCUUCAGAUACAGACAAAAAAAGACUGGAACAAUACCUAAAUGCUAGUAGUUAAUAAUUAUCCUCUAAUGGUUGGAUUGUGACCAUGUUUCUUUUCUCUACAUUGUUCUAUAUUUUCAAAUUUUCAUUUGAAAAUGCGUUACCUAAAUAAUGAGAAAAAAUAAAUACCAUUUUAAAAGGAA